GAUAUAAACACAAUCCAGGAAAAAAUCGGUAUUCUUGGCUAUACUAAUCAAGAAAUGGCAGAAGAAGCCAAUAAAAAUGCGAGGGUGUACCUUCGAAAGUUUGAGAAAUUUCAUGGUCCCUUAGAAGAUGAUCCAGGUGUGCUAAUAAAGAAAUUCGUUGAUAGGGGGGCAAAGAAAUUUUGGUUUACUG